AUGUGGAGGAAGUUUAGUCGAGCAUUUUGCUCCAAAGUGGGGGGCGAGUCCGUACAUAUCAACGUUCCCAAAUCUCCUUCUAUCAAGCAGUUGCAGGAGCUUAAUGGAUCUCAUUCUCGGUCCCAAGCGUUCCCAAAUCCUCGGCAGUUGAAAUCGCACCUUGACAAAUUUAUUAUCGGUCAAGAUCACUGCAAGAAAGUGUUAUCUGUCUCGGUCUACAAUCAUUAUAUCCGCAUCAGCGAUGCACACGAGCACUCUCAGACGCUUCUAGGUGCGCCAGUUCUCUACCAACAAAAAGAUCAGCCCAUCACCCUGGAGAAAUCCAACAUACUAUUGCUUGGCCCGUCCGGGUCGGGCAAAACGCUAGCUGCCAGAACCCUUGCCGAGGUACUCAAUGUGCCUCUUGUAAUUCAGGAUUGCACGUCAAUGACCCAAGCAGGGUAUGUGGGGGAAGAUGUGGAGAGUUGUGUUACGAAGCUUUUGGCAAAGGCAGGCUACGACGUGGGUCUUUGUCAGCGAGGAAUCAUUGUACUGGACGAAAUCGACAAAUUGGCAAAGCCGCAAGUAUUUUCCGGUACGAAGGACAUUGGUGGCGAGGGAGUACAGCAGGCCUUGUUGAAGCUCAUAGAGGGCACGAAUGUAUCUGUCACUGCGAAAAAGGGCGGUAAUCUGGCGGAAUCUGGCAUGGACGGGGCUGGCGAGUCAUACACCGUGGACACUUCCACCAUACUAUUCAUUGGAAUGGGAGCAUUCUCUGGAUUGGACAAGAUCGUCAAAACAAGACUGGGCCGGAAACGCGCAAAAGACGUGCUAUCGCAGGUCGAGCCCGUUGAUCUAGAGCAGUUUGGGCUCAUUCCAGAGCUAAUAGGAAGAGUUCCUGUAAUUUCUGUUUUGAACCAAUUGACUGUCCAAGAUCUCGAGCGAAUUCUGACAGAGCCGUACAACUCGAUCGUACGUCAGUACGAGUACUCGUUUGCCAAAAGCGGUGUUCGUCUGGCUAUCACCAAACCUGCUAUUAAGAGGAUUGCAGAGACCGCAUUGAAGAACGGGACCGGCGCUCGUGGACUACGCGGCAUGCUGGAGAAGGUGCUACUCACCGCAAACUACGAGUGUCCGGAAAGUGGCAUUACCUUUGUGCUCGUAGAUGAAGAGGUCAUGGAUAUGGAUGAAUUUGCUCCCAAAUAUUUCUCGCGGGGGGAUAUAUUUCGCUUUCUGGAGGCAGUGGGGAAAGAGGACCAAGACCUAAGAUCGACUGUGGGGGGAGAAUACGGGAUACCAAAUUUUAGUACCUGA